AUGGACUCAAAUGUUGGUGAUUCAAGUUCAAUUUGAGUUUCAAAAGUUUUUCAGCAAACUAAUAAGCAAAUAUGGCAGUAUCGCAAUGACCAAAACGGACGGCGACGGUAAUUUUUUCUUGUAAAACUUUCAUUGAACUUGCAAUUUUGAGGAAAAAUCCAAAAAAGCCGUCGACUUCGGCGAUGCUCCCGCCGGAGGCGACUUCACCCUUAAAACUGCCAGAAAAGACGGUGAAAUCGCCCAAUAAACUCGUGUCGCGACAGAGCACUUCGGGCUCUGGCGGCAAAUCCAAGAGCCGAAGUGUCGAACUUAUUCGGAGGAACAAGUACGUCGUCGACGAGUAAGCCCCUGUCUUUUCUUCCUCCCAGACGCCUUUUUUGCAGGAAUAGUGACACACGAAGCUACACCACUACGUCUAAAAAUCAACGUAUUAACAAGGUUUUUACUUUUUACCCAUGUUUCGUUUUCGCCUGAAGUUUAGAAAUUCCAAAAGCUGUCUGAACUUUCUGAAUGUUUAGAUCAAGAUUUCUUGAGCUCAGGAAGUUAAGGAGUUUUAGAGUGGUCCCUAGAGGGGAUAGGGGGCCCCUAUAGGGACCGAAAAAGUGAUCUUCAUAGGGGUUAAAUCGAGAUGAUCCCUAGGUCUGACCCCCUAAGUGGUCCCUAAAGGGGUCGUUCAAUUUUACUCGAUUUCAUUCAAAAAACGCUUGUAUAUUGAACUUUUCGCAUGGAAAUGCUUCUUAGAGUACAUAAAAAUUAUCCAUUAGCAUGUCCCCUAUAGGGGCCACUAACUAAAACCCUUAUAGGGACCACUUUUGCAAGUUUCAGUGACUCCUAUAGGGGCUAGUUAAAUUUCAGUCACGUUUAGAGUCGGAAUAAUUAUUCUGAAACGUUUCAAGGUCUGCAAGAAGUUUUCGGAAAUGUUUAAGGAAUACUCCAAACUUCACACUAGAAUGAAUUUCUUAUUAGAAAAAAUUGGUUUUGAAGGGGAAAUUAAACGUAUUUGUUUUUUGAGUUUGAUACUGUAUAUAUUUCAUCUCUACUCGAAAUAUACGCAGCGCGGAACGGAAAAAAUCAGAAAGAAACUGAGAAAGUUUUCUUUUCUUUCGAAUGUGUGCGCGAACUCAACUGUCAGAGCUCUUUUCUGUCAUGAUUUCUAUGUCACAAAAGUGUUUCAAAACUUCCGUUACUGUCUGAAAAACCAAAGCCAAAAAAAAAAUUUGGAAAUUGCAGGCGAUUUGUCUACGAAUGUCCCAUCGACAAGACUCGGAGGCGGAAAGCGAGUCGAAAUCUCAGAAGGUGGCGGUGAGUAGUUUUUGCGAACUGCGGUUGGGCCGAGAGUCAUCCAAGCCGUCCAGACGAAGAAGUCAAGACGGUUCAACCAGGAGCUGAAGAAGCCCCUGGGAGACGCCCGCUGCAUCGAGGCGGCCAUGAGUCUUUUCGGGUACCACGAGGACGAGUCCGACCUCGUCAACGCGUCGCCUUCCAACGAAUUCGGCAACAACGAACGUCCGUUUCAUAACGCCUUUCUUAGAAAUAGCAGAGUGGUCCCUAUAGGGGCCGAUAAAGUCGUUCCUAUAGGGGUAAAACUGAGGUGGUCCCUAUAGGGGUUUAUAGUCGGACACCUUGGCCUCUCAAGCUCAAGUGGACCCUAUAGGGGUCUUUCAGUUUCAUUCAAAACUCUUAGGGACCACUUCUGCAAGCUGUAGUGGAUCCUUUUGGGUAGUCCCUCGAGGGUUCCCUCCAAGGACCCCUAAGGUUUUCCCUACAGGGACCGCUCUGCAGUUCCUAAGUCUCUUCUCAUCUUCUCGAUUCAGAAUCGCUUGCCGAUGCCAGCGAAGCAAGGGAAAAACUUCGCACCAUUUUUAAAGGAUUCGCCACUCUGGUCCUGUUUUUCUCUCACAUUCAAAAAAAAGCUACUUAAUCAGAUAUAAUAUUCAAAAUUUUCUACACAGUGAUAUUUAUGGUAAUAGCUGAUUCACGGCUAACUUGGGACGCUAAGGGGGCGUGGCCUGUCUGCGCUCUCCACCAGCCAAGCACUGUCUUUUUUCUUAUCGUUUCGGGACCUAUUUUUCGAUGGCUCAAGCCAGCCGUGAAUCAGCUAUAAGGUCAGAGGAUAGCACAGUAAAACCAAACUAAAUUCAACUAGAACCAUCUUUCCAAAAGUUUGUGACUCCCGAAAAUAAAGAGAACCGUUUCAGUGUGAAGGAAUGACGAUAGAACUGAUUAACAAAGAGUUUUCCGAGUUACCGCCGCCCCCAAAAGAAAAAGAGUGUGCCGAAUUUCACAAGAAUCGUCGUAGGAAUCGAUAUCAAGGUUUCCAAUCGUAUUUCAUCGAGCCAAACGCCUCUUGAAGAUAUCUUCUGCAUGGAAGCUUCUCGCGUCAAACUGCAGUUUCUGGCGGACGAAGUCGGCGGCAACGACUAUAUCCACGCCAACCGCGUCGACUACCCCAGCUUCAAGUCACGCUACAUUCUAACCCAGGUACGUCUUCUCAAUCCAUAGAAUGCCGACAGAAGAAUGCUCCCAGGGACCGCGGAAGAACACGGUGAUCGACUUCUGGAGGAUGGUGUGGCAGGAGAAGACGUCAGUGAUCGUCAUGCUCUGCCAGCUGGUGGAAGGCAGCCGCGAGAAGUGCUCCGAGUAUUAUCCCAAGUGGGCUGACGCCAAGAUAACGCAGCCAAACUCGGCCUUCUCAGAGAAUCCGGGCCGACGAUGUUGCUGGGCAACGGUCUCAUCAAAGUGACAAACAUGUCGCAGCACACCGUCGACGGAGUGGUCACCUCCCAGCUGAAACUUUGCCAUCUUUCCUCCGAGAGAAUCGUCACCCACUACCAGUGGACUGAAUGGCCUGACUAUACGGUUCGCUCCAGAGAGCUUUCCAGCUGAAAACAGCCAUUUAGGUGCCCGAUUCGAAAAAAAGCGAGACCAUUUUCAAGAUCCUACGGCAUAUUCGGUGGAGGAACACGCCAGUUGGUACAUUUUUUAAGAAUUUUCAAAAUAGCUUUAGCUUUUUCGACAUUCACUGUGGAAAAGUCCUUUUCGAUUUUUUUAGAACUUUAAAAGUAGAAGCAAAGGUCCUGACCCAUACUGCAACGCUGAGAAUGAAUAAAAUGUAGAAAGUGGCUGAAAAAUUUUUCUAGGGAACGUUUUUUGAUCUGAUUUUCGAGUUAAGACGCUUAAAAAGCUUGAAAUAGCGUCCUUUGUCAUGAUUUGGGUAUUUUGGAGACUUUGAAGCUUCAUAAAUCGAAAACGAAAUUUACUUAAGAUCUUCAGUGUGGUCCCGAUAGGGGCAACUUUAGGGACCACUUUACCAACCCUUAUAGGGGCCACUAAGCUUGCGAAAGUGGUCCCUAUAGGGGUUUUAUUUAGUGGUCACUAUAGAGGACCUACUAGUUGAUAAUUUUCUUGAAAUCUGAGUUAAGAAGCAUUUCCAUGCAUUAGGGGCUAAAAGAUCAGACUCUAAACCCCUAUAGGGACCACCUUGAUUUUACCCCUAUAAGGAACUCUUUUUCUGCCCCUAACCCCUAUAGGGACCGCUCUGGAAUUCCUAAGUGUUGCAAGAAGAGGUUAAAAAGUUUCGAAAAUGGCUCAUCUGAAGUCAAUGUGACCGCUUCGCGGGUCGGAUCGCCCCGGCUCAUUAUAGCAGCUUUGAAUAUAAAAAUUUUAUUAAAAAAUUACCCAAAUUCCGCUUUUCAAGGAAUCUUUUUCUCAAAAUCCCUACAGAAACAGCACCAGCGUGAAAAAAAGCGAUAAAUUGAUUUUCAAUGUUUUAAUGCGAAUUAAAACAUUGAAAAUGACACAAAAUUACCGCAGUGGUCCAUUGUUCGGCGGGGAUCGGCAGGAGCGGGACGCUGAUCGCGAUAGAAAUGUGUCUGAUGGACUGUCUGCACUCGGAAGUGCCGCAAGUGUCGCGAGUGAGUUCGAGACACUCACAGCAGAACCGCUUCUCUCUGCAGGCCGUACGUUUCCUGCGACUGAAAGGACGCUCGCAAGCGAUCCAGUCCGUCGUGCAGUACAUGGCCAUACGGAAGGUGGUCCUCGACUUUGGCAUCACUCACAAUCUCAUCGAUUCGGUCAGUUGGAAGCAAAAGGUGGCAACGAAGGAUUUUUCGUUUGGUUCAGGAAGACUUCCCGUCUUUCAGCAGCCUGUACGAAGAGUCUGUCCAUAUCGCACAGCAAACCUUACAAAAGUGA